ACAUUUUGAUUUAAUCCAGUGCCCCCUUCCAGGUACUGCUUCAAUCUACCUUUGUCGCAUUUCACGACAAAACUCAAAGAAGAAAAGAAGAAGAAAAAUGACAGACAACGGUACCAAGGUGGUUAAGAUUGGGGUCUUUAUCCCGUCCGAGUGUCAGCUCCUCGAUAUGGCUUGCGUAGACGUCCUGUUCAUGAUGUCGAGGAGUACCUGGGGAGUCUGCCCAUGAUACCCAGACAUAUCCCGAACUUGGCGCCGAGCGUGGAAAUCUGUUACAUUUCUGUAAAGGCCAGUCCGAAGGUAGAUCACCUUCCUCUGCUCCCUAUGACGGCAGGCGUCAGGAUUCAGCCGACGCACGAUGUCUCCAGCCCGGAGGUCCAGCCGGGCAUGCUGGAUAUUUUGCUUGUCCCCGGACCGGAUCCGGGGGCGAGCUGGAAUGAAGAGACGCUGGCGUUCUUGAGGGGGCAUGCUGACGAGGAGAAGAAGGAGGAGGAGGAGGAGGAGGAGGAGGAGGAGGAGGAGGAGGAGGAGGAGGAGGAGGAGGAGGAGGAAGGAAACAGAAAGAAGACGGACGUGCUGAGUGUCUGUACGGGUGCGUUCUUGUGCGGUGCCGCGGGGAUUUUGGAGGGGAGGAAGGUAUGCGGACCGAGGGGUCUGCAGGAUGUUCUGAAGAAGAAGUUUCCCGGGGCAAAGUUUGUGGGGGAUGAGUUUCGAUGGUGUCGGGAUGGUAAUCUUUGGAGCUGUGGGGGCAUCACGAACGGGAACGAUUUGGUGGCGGCGUACGCUCGGAGCAGCGAGAGGCGCCUCUUUCCGGGGCCGAUUGUCGAGAUUGCGUGUAAGAUGGCGGAAGUUGGGGAGAGGGGCCAGGUGUAUGAGCAGGGGCAGACGAGGUUUGCUUUGGGGUUCGUGUGGCAGCUCGUCAAGGCUUGGUCUGUGAAG